UGAAAACAACAUAAACACAGAAGAACAGUUGAAGGACGGAGGUCUGUAAAAUAAUCGUACAUUUCGUAUUUGGGAUGGCAUUUUAAAAAGGAAAUAUGUUGUGCUGAGUGCCGGAACUCGACUAUCUGAAGGAUUUUCUAUCACUGUACCAGAUUAUUAUAUUCGUAACUUCUUUGUCGCAACGCAAGGCGUGACUGUCUGCACUGCAGUCCGUCUGAAGCAAAGAAGACCAGAAGUGCUUUAAUUCCAACGAGGCCCAGAGAAUACACGCCUCCCAAUUCAGAGAGAAAGAACAUGUCUGUUUUGCAGUAUACGCAGAAUCGCCAGUCUGGACUUGGUGUUACACCAGUUCAAAACAUAGCAAAACUAUGUGCACGAAAACUUCCACUGCUCUUGCAAGAGCAAGAGUUGUCGCUGGGUGAUGUAAACAAGGUGUUCACAUCAGAAUGGCUGUCAGAAAACCAAGUGAUAGUUGGCACCAAGUGCAAUUCACUGUUGGUUUUAGAUUUGCAUACCAGUCAAAGGUUUCAAAUUCCCCUUCUAAAGGGUGUUGACUGUGCAGAGGGAGAAGUUCGUACAGGAGGAAUUCACAGUAUAACUGUAAAUCCCAGCCGAACACUUCUAGUGACAGGAUCAGAGGACUCCAGCUGCCCAGCUGUUUAUCAGCUUCCAACCUUUGACCCAGUUUGUCUUGGCACUGAUUGUCAUACUGACUGGAUAUUCUCCAUUGAAUGGUUGGAUGACCAAUUUUUUGUUACAGGGUCAAGAGAUAACUCAGUUGCACUAUGGUCUGUAAGUGAUAUGUGCAGACCAAUGGAUUAUCCUGGUGUUUUGAUUCCCAAUCAUAAACGAAUGACGCCAAUUGCCCAGAAAACCUGUGAUGGGGGUGAGAAGGUUCGGAGUGUAGCCUUCAACAGCAGAACUCAAGAGAUAGCUGUUCUUUCCACCAAUGGUUUCAUGCACAUGUGGGAUGCUCAGAGAUUCAGUCAACGUUUUACAACUUCACUGCCAUAUUGCCGAGAAAAUGUUUGUCUUUGUAUUUCAAAUGACUUGUCACUUUAUGCAGUGGGAUCACAAUCGCAUGUAUCGUUUCUGGAUUCAAGGACACUCAAGUCUGUCGGAUCUAUUUACACAAAGGAGAGUGGUAGUGGUGUACGGUCAAUUAGCUUUAAUGAAGACAUAGCUACUAUUGGUACUGGAGCAGGCUCCGUACGAUUCUUUGACAUAAGAGCGGGAAAAUACUUAGAAAUGGAAUGUUGUUCGGGCGAGACAGCUACUUUAAAAACAGGAACUGGCUUCCUGCGUCAUGACGAAAUCUACAAUGAGUAUUUUGCUGAUCAAGUCUACUAUCCUAAUGCAGUCUACACACACUGCUACGAUUUCUCAAAGACGCGGCUCUUCCUGGCGGGUGGACCACUAUCAUCAGGACUGCAUGGAAACUAUGCAGCGGUGUGGCAAUGACAUCAGAAACUUUCAUAUAUACGUUUAGUGACACAAGUACUCACAAACUUAACCAUUAUGUCAAUUUGACAAUUAUUCCCAUCCAAGAUUGUAUGGGAGAACAAGACUUUAUGAACUACGGUACACUCGUGAAUUGUACAUUAUAUCACUCUGUUUUGGCUAUGAAAUCUAUGAAAAGAACAAAUUUACCUUUUCAACAAUCAACAAUUUUUCUGUGCAAUAAGAGAAUUUGGUUUUUUGUCAUUUGUUUUUUCCUCUAGAUACUCUACAUUGAAAGAAAGACUUCAAUUGUUAUUUUUGUAGUGAGCUUUGCUAGUGAGUUGUCAAAUUUCUCAACUUUGAAUAUUCAACGAGAUAUGGAAUGAAAUAGUGAGAUGGGAGGGAGCUUCAGACGGUCAACAAAAUUAGCAUCUGAAAAUAUUUAAACAAUGCCAAAAAUUCACUGGGCUGAAUUUAGCUUCUUUGUUUUGUUUUUUUAUGAUAUCGUAUAUCGUACCAGCCAUAUUGGCUUUGUGUCUAAUUUUAUUCCGUGUUGGUAUAGACACUGGUAUUAAAACUUACGAAAAGGAUUUAUUUUUAUGCCUUUUAUGUUCCAUUUUGAUGUACACAAAUUUAUUAAAAAUAAAAAGGAGCCUUAUUUAU